CAAAUAACACCGUAGUAACCACCGUUAAUAAAACGAGGACUCAGACAGAGUACGCACUACACAGCCAGUGUGUGCCAGUCUGAAAUGAAUGAAAGGCUUUGAUAAGUUCCUGAAUUUCCCGGCUACCGGAAAUUGACGGCUCAAAGUUCCCUCCAAAACGAUUCAAAUGAAGCAAAGAGAGGUCGAAUCGGCGGCGGAUAAGGUAAUCGUGGCCGUAAAAGCAGAGAAGGUGAUCUCCAAGACUGCGUUAGCUUGGGCUCUGACUCAUGUGGUUCGUCCAGGCGAUUGCAUUACGUUGCUCGCUGUUCUCUCCUCCGGUCACUACAAGACUCGUAGUAGGCGAUCAUUGUGGAGUUUCCCGAGACUCGCCGGAGAUUGCGGAACCGGCGACCGGGACAAGUUUCCGCAGUGUAUAUCUCAGAUCUCCGACUCUUGUUCUCAGAUGAUUCUUCAACUUCAUGAUCAAAUCCAGGCAAGAGUGAAGAUUAAGGUGGUAACAGGUACACCUUCUGGUGCGGUAGCGUCUGAAGCAAAGAAUAAUGCAGCCAGCUGGGUCAUAUUGGACAAAAAAAUGAAACAGGAGCAAAAGCAUUGCUUGGAGGAACUUCACUGUAACAUUGUAGUAAUGAAAGGUUCUCAACCAAAAGUUCUUAGGCUGAAUCUAGGAUCCUCAGAUGAACUCCAAACCCCCUUCUAUUCUGCUGCUUCUUCACCUGAUUUGGAUGUUGGAAAGUUGCAGCGGCACAACAUGAAGCAUUCUACUCCUGUGAGCAGCCCUGAAGAACCAAGCACUUCUUACACAAGAACAACAGAAGAAAAUUCAUUAUCCAGCCCUGACACAGUGGCGUCUCAUUUCCUUGUCUAUGAACAAAAUCCACUUUUUGAAGGACCAAACAAGGGAAAGUAUAGCCCAAGUAAUAAACGAAAUAACUUGAAUGAUCCACUUACAGAACUUGACAUGGACAGGGAAAGGGUAGUUACUCUCUCAAGAAGACCAAAAUCAUCUGUAACUAGUAAUCAUAAGACUGUGUUAUGGAUUCCCCAAAAUCACGCUAUUGAUGAGAAGGCCCCAGCAAGCAGAAACUACAGAAAUACUCACAAAAUCAAAGCUCCCAGUACCAGAACUCUACUUGAUACAUUUACACAGUUUAAUCAGGACAUGGUAGAACCUGGGCUCAACCAAACUCCCGAAAGAGAGUACAUUUUCAACUCAACCGUCAGACAAGCAGUCUCGUUAAGCAGAACUUGCUCAAUACCUCCUCCAUUGUGCUCACUAUGUCAACAUAAGGCACCAGUUUUUGGAAAACCUCCAAGACGGUUUGAUUUCAAAGAACUGCAGGAAGCUACAGAUGGGUUCUCAGAUAUUAAUUUCAUAGCAGACGGUGGGUAUGGAACAGUUCACAGAGGGGUCUUGAAAGAUGGUCAGGUUGUUGCAGUGAAGCAGUUAAAGUUUGCUGGAUCACAAGGAGAUGCUGAUUUCUGCAGGGAAGUGAGGUUUCUUAGCUGUGCACAACAUAGGAAUGUUGUGUUGCUCAUUGGGUUCUGUGUUGAAGGCAAGAACAGAGUUUUAGUAUAUGAGUAUGUAUGCAAUGGCUCCUUGGACUUCCAUUUAAAUGGGAACGAGAGAACACUUAUAGAUUUGCACUCACGUCAAAAGAUAGCUAUUGGGGCAGCAAGAGGCUUAAGAUACCUUCAUGAAGAUUGUCGAGUGGGAUGUAUUGUUCAUAGAGAUCUGCGGCCUAGCAACAUCCUCCUAACCCAUGAUUAUGAGCCUCUGGUUGCUGAUUUUGGAGUUGCUAGGUUGCACACCGAGUGGGAUAUAUGCGAUGAGCGCGUUGUUGGUACUUCAGGGUAUCUUGCACCAGAGUGCUUCAAUGGUGGACAAAUAACAGAGAAAGUUGAUGUAUAUGCAUUUGGAUUGGUAUUGUUAGAGCUGAUUACAGGUCAAAAACCAAUCGACUUGCAACACAUCUUAGCCGAAAAUUCAUACCUUUUAUCUAUACCAGAACCUGGCCAUAGACUAGCAAAUAAAUAUCAGUUGCUGGAUCCGUUCAUUGCCUCUGACCAACUCCACAACUUGCCUCAGGAAGUACAUGCAAUGGGUCAUGCUGCCUUAUUGUGUCUACAACAAGAUCCUCAAUCCAGACCCCCCAUGUCAAAGGUGCUGAGAAUACUAGAAGGAGGAAAUGGUGUCAUUCCUCUGGGUUUGGACUUGAACUCGGUGGGUAGCAGAAGUGGGCACAUGCAAGGUCUGUGUUCAAACUCACAAUUUGAAUCAAGAAAGCAUUCUCGGAGACUUUCUCACUGAAAAUAGUUCUGAACUAAUUUCGCACUUCCAUCUGGUGAGUUGCCUGGGUCUAUUUGCAGUUGUCUGUGAUGUUUGCAGAACAUUUGCGCAUCGGUGCAUCAUGUUUACUUCGUUUUUUUUUUUGGGUGUGUAAUCUGUUAUGAAAUUUUUAUAAUUGUCAUGAUUUUUGGGGGGAUUUUUACUUUUAGAGCCUCCAUUACACUUGAAUUUCUUGUUUAGCUUAUCAUGUGUUCAUGAUAUUUGCUGCAGUUGCAAAUAUGCAAAGAGGAAAAUUACUCAUUGUCAUUUCUUUUCUUGUACUAAUUUCCAAGAGUAUGCAUUAUAGAAUCCUGUUACUCUCAA